UUGUCUUGAAAAUAAAUUAGCCAUAUUUUAUAACGGCUAACUGAUGGCGAAAAAAAUCGAGUUUAGAGAUGUAUCUAAGGGAUUACAAAAAUUAAGAGAUUUUUUAUUGGGUAGAAAACACGUCCUCCACGGCAGAUUUACCCCACUACUAGCUCCCAGAUCGCUCCCUACUCCAGACAUACCAAGGGGUCCUGAUUACAAAUAUUCUGAUAAGUAUUAUUAUCAGAGAAGCGUAUAUAAUUCUAUCCAACCUCCUGUAGUAGCACCGGUGGCGGAAGGACCACCAAUUCUAAGAGAUCCAACGAAGAAAGCCCCGACUGGUGGUGUUCGUGCAGACGCCAUUACAUUCAACAGCGCUCCUACUCCAGGGCCCACGUGGUGGUGGGAUGGCCAUUGCUACUAUGAAUGCGUACCAGAUCCUUCUAGUCACCCUUCUCCUCAAGCAGUUGCUGAUCCUUAUUGCCCUCAACCAGAACAAAUCUCAACGAAGUAAUACUGUGAUUUAAAAUUUGUCUUUUGUUACAAAGUAACAUGAGUAGGUACUUAUUUGUAAUUAUUAUUAAUAGAUAACUCUUGCAAUGAAAUAAACGCGUUUAAGUUAAUCGCAUACAUUUCAUACGUAUUUAAACUACCUUCUUACAA